CCCACCUGUACGGAAGUUGCUUGCGUUGCAAUCUAUCAAUGUUUACAUGACAAACUACACUUCAGCCUGCUCAGUGAAACGUCUCUACGCGCUAAUUAAAUGAACGCAAUUAAAAGUGGUGUCUUUACUCCUGGUGCAUUAUGGGUCAGUGGAGGCCUGUGUCUAACCUGAGAGCUCAGGUAUCUCGACACCCUCCUGCGGUUGUGUUCUUCCUCAGUCUGCUAAUCCUCUCCAUAACUUUCGUCUGCAUUGGACUUUACUCUCAGAAUCACGACAUCAAGAACCCUGACAUAAGUGUAGACUGGAACCGGGUUCUGGGUUCUAUCGCUGGAUUUAAGUUCUGCACACAUCUGAACGACACAGAUGCACCGCUGGAGGAAGACUCUCCUCGAAUGGUGGAGCAUUCAGAUAGGACAAAUAUUUCCACGAGCAGCGCUCAUGUUUCCUUACUGGUGCCGCUGGCGUUUACAGGGGACGUCCCAGAUAAUACUGCCAUCAGUGCCACUAUGUUGGGCAGCCAGAUGGGCAUGAAAGAACCACAGAUGCCAGAUGAAAAAGCCUUGUGCAGGUAUCACCUGUUGCUGGUUAGUGUUGCGCUGAUGGUUAUCUGUGUCCUCAUGAGUCUCUGUGGAACUUUUUCUUCACAUUCGCCACGUUCUUUCCAGGGGAAUGACCUUCAAAAGGAAUCGCUGCUGAGCCAAUGAGGAAAAAUCUGCAGAACGUCCACGUUUGAGAGUGAACUGGCACCUCGUACCAUCAGAACACAUGAAGACAUCUGCUACUGAAA